AUGGUUAUAUUACACCCACCACAUGCUCAAAAUAAUAUAAUUAGUAGAAUAUUAGUUGAGUUUCUGUUUAUAAUAAAAAAACAAGCAGAUCACAAAAUGGCAACUUUUGCAAUUUUUUUCUCUCUAUUGGCAAUACUGCCCCAAUUAAACACAGAGUAUAUCCCCCCGGGACCAGUGUACCCUUGCCCUAAGGAUACCUUACUUUUGCACCCUUGCGUGUGUCAGAAGGGUACGGACGAAGGGUUGUAUGUGAAAUGUGAAAACGCCGGUCUCGCUGUAAUGAGCGUCGGUCUGGGGAAUAUAGCUGGUAUGGGCUUGCCUAUAGAGCAGCUGGAAAUUCGAGAAGCAAAAUUUACCCAUCUCUUCGGCCCACUCCUCCAUCGAUCAGCAGUAAGGAUUUUACACAUUAUCGACACGCCGAUUAAAUCCAUUGACGAAUACGCGUUCGCGGGUGUGAAUAGGACCUUACAGGAAAUCUACAUGGUCAAUACGAAAUUUAGCCAAUUUCCCAAGGACGCUAUUAAAAUACUAGGUAACCUGACGGUACUAUCAAUAGACGGGCACGCGAUGGCGUCUCUCAGUAAAGACAUAUUCGCCAGCAGUCUAGCUGUGAGGACCUUGGAGAAGCUACAUCUAGUCAAUGGGUUGUUAAAUGAUAUACCUGUGGAGGCUUUUCAGAAUCUCAAAAAAUUAAAAACGUUAGACCUCCACGGCAAUAGAUUGGCAAAUUUAAAAAGAAAUCAGUUCAAGGGAUUACGGGACACAGAAGUUUUAGAUGUGAGUUACAACAACAUAACUAAACUGGACGGCAGCCAUAUUGGCGAAAUGACGAAACUCGGCUGGUGUAAUGUCAGCCAUAACCAGCUACCAGAGAUGCCGAGAGGAAUGUUUGCAAGAAACAAUCUGAUCAAAGUGGUUCAUUUGGAUAACAAUCAAAUAAAAAAAUUGGACACGAAUAGCUUCAAAGGAAUGAGAUUUCUGAGACGUCUCUUCCUCCAAGACAACCAGAUAUCGGACAUAGGUGUGGGUACAUUCUCGGCGGCGACACGCAUCGGCACCAUCGACCUCGCCAGGAACAAAAUAAAGAAGGUCCACUAUCAAAUGUUCCAACAGGUGAAAUAUUCUGAGCUAAUAAAUUUGGCAGAGAACGAGAUAACAAUAGUGGAGAAACAAGCCUUCACAGACUUAUAUUUGGCCGUAGUGAAUAUAUCCCACAAUGCACUAGAAAAUAUCGAACCUGGUGCCUUCCAGAAUUGCAACAACAUGACUGUAUUAGAUCUGAGUCAUAACAAACUAACUCAUAUAGAUGUGAAGGCCUUCGAUGAAAACACUUAUGCAUCUGAGUUUAGAGUGAGUUAUAAUGAGUUCACGGAUUUGAGUCAGAUACCAAUCUACAACAUGACGGGUAUACGUGUCCUGAACGCGUCCUAUAAUUAUAUAACAACCAUACCAAAAUCAUCCUUCCCGAAACUUUACGAGCUGCACACUGUCGACGUUUCCCACAAUAACUUGACUGAAAUCUCCAAUGCAGUGUUCCAGAAUCUGUUCUCGUUGAGAUAUCUAAACUUAAGCCACAAUUCGAUGGAGAUCAUCAAACCCUCCACAUUCGGUACAAUCCCCACUGUGCUGGAGCUCGAUCUGUCUCACAACCGGUUGCGAGACGUGUCGCGAGGCAGUCUCGCCAAGCUGGCCAGUUGUCGGAUGCUGGAUGUCAGUUAUAAUUAUCUGGAUAGGAUCUUUCAGAUACCUAUUAGUUUAGGCGAACUGAACGUCGCCAACAACAAUCUGACCGAGAUAAAAUCGAACACGUGGCCAGUGAUGAAUGCACUACUCCGUCUCAACUUAUCGGCAAACCAGUUGGGCGAUCGGUUGGAAACCGAGACCUUUGCGGGUUUGCUUACCCUACAAUCGCUCGAUUUGUCCGCCAACGGGUUGACAAGACCACCUUGGGAGGCUUUGAAUACAUUGAACAGUCUGCAGUAUUUGUAUUUACAGAACAACAAUCUAACAACUCUAUCGAAAUCAGCCUUCGGGAACUUACCGACUACUUUUAAAUUGGAUUUGUCAUACAACCAAAUAAAUAGCCUCGGAAAGAGAACUUUCGACGGAAUGCAACAGUUGCUUGAUUUGUCUUUAAGAGGGAAUCUUCUAGAACAUAUACCGAAUGAAGCCUUCAAAGGAUUGGUUGCGUUGAGGAAACUAGAUCUAUCAUAUAAUAGUUUGGACAAAAUAGAUAACAAGACGAAUGGGCUAUUGGAUGACUGCCUCUCGCUAGAAUCGGUAAAUCUAAGCCACAACAGAUUCGGUUUUCUGACGAAGAAGAUGUUCCCCGCGAGCCCUUGGAUCCCGUACAGACUGAUGGAAGUGGACCUGAGCCACAACGAGAUACCGGUAGUCACUUACGACAUCACGUACGGCGGCAAGAAGUUCAAGAUGUUGAAUCUGUCCAAUAAUUAUAUCAAUGAUAUUAGGAAUAAUGUUCUCGGUAACUUGACGUCAUUAGAAAUAUUAGACCUUUCUAAUAAUCAACUGAGUGAUCUAGUUUCUAGGACAUCCGACACAAAAUUUAAUCUGCCAACAAACAUAACUCACAUAUAUCUACAAAACAAUACAAUGCAAGUGUUGCCAGUGGACGAUAUUAUGAAAUGUAAGAAAUUACAAGUACUGGACGUGAGGCACAACUUUCUAAGCAGUUUCUAUCCACAGCUAGUUAAGAUGGUGAGAGAGAACAGUUUGAGCGUUUAUUUUGAAGAUAAUAAAUUAAAAUGCGACUGCUUCACGCGUCCGUUGAAGCAUUAUCUAAAACAGCUGCCGGUGUCUGUGUUGACAUAUGAUGAGAAAUAUAAUAAUAUAACAUGUUUCGAACCGCCGUCUGUGGAAAGUGAAAACUUUUUGAAAUUAGACGAAGAUAGAUUAUUGUGUGCUGGCAACAUCGAAUUGGAGGAGAAGAUGAAAGUUUAUGGCAACACUGAAUACGAUUUUACAUCUGAGCCCGAUGUCUUGUUCAGAGAUAUACAAUAUUCACAAACAUCGAUCUACGCUCUAUGGUACGUAUCGACGACGGAGGACGUCGCAGACUUCUAUAUAUACAUACGUGACAAAAACAACACAAUAAUUUACAAUCAAGAUAUUUCUUAUAAUCUACGGAGCAUCACUAUGGUCAUAGACAAGAAUGUAGAAGACUCCCUCAUUUGUAUACAGGCGAAAACGUCAAAUAACUUUGCCAGGAAAUGGUUUGACAGCCAAUGUCAAAAAACUCCCGCCAAUUACGAGUCGUGGCCGAAAAAACUGACCAUAGAUAAAAGAUUGUCUAGAAAGAAGGUUAGAUAUAGCUGGUCGAGUAACAGUGUUCUCGGGUUGGUCAGCGAUUCGAUUUUGAUUACGUUGUGCAUAUUUAUAGGCGCUUGUUUCAGACGAUUGGCCGAUUUGGACGUU